UUCAGUUCAUCUCACACCCUGCCCUGCUCAAGGAGGAGGGGCUGCAGUCCUGACCCUCAUUAGGACAAUGACACUCCCGCUGCUGUUCCUGGCUCUCAGCUUCUCCUCAGUUCAAACAACAGAAAACAAGAUUUUGGUGAAGCAGUCACCCAUGCUUGUGGUGGAUAACAAUGACGUCACCCUCAGCUGCAGGUAUUCUCACAACCUCCUCUUGAAGGAGUUCCGGGCAUCAUUGUACAAGGGGGUGAAUAGUGAUGUCGAAGUCUGUGUUGCGAAUGGGAAUCUCACCUCUCAGCUUCAGUUUCACUCGAACGUGGGGUUCACCUGCGAUGGGAAACUGAACAAUGAAACAGUGACAUUCUACCUCCGGAAUCUGCACGUCAAUCAAACAGAUAUAUACUUCUGCAGAGUUGAGGUCAUGUACCCUCCUCCUUACCUAGACAACGAGAAGAGCAAUGGAACCAUUAUUCACGUGAAAGAGAAACAUCUUUGUCAUGAUCAGACAGCUCCUAGGCUGUUCUGGGUACUGGUUGGGGCUGCUGGAGUCCUGUUUUGUUAUGGCUUGCUAGUGACAGUGGCUCUUUAUAUUAUCUGGACAAAUAGCAGAAGGAACAGACUCCUUCAGAGUGACUACAUGAACAUGACACCCCGGAGACUCGGGCCCACACGCAAGCAUUACCAGCCCUACGCUCCAGCAAGAGACUUCGCAGCCUACCGUCCCUGACAGGGACCCCUAUCCAGAAGCCAGCCGGCUGGUGCCCCUCCACCUGCUCAACACCACUGCUCUGGAUAGGAAAGGACUGUCUCAUCUUCAGCCGGCCACUUUGGACCUCUCCUGGGCAACCUUUGCUAAUUGUUUUGGAGUGUCUAGAUCCAACAUCACGAACAUCUGGAGACUCUGGAAUGAAUUCAAAGAAACUUUUAUGGCAGGUUAAAUUCUGCAUGCCUUGACCCAAACUCAAGCUUAGUAUAUUUAUUGACUUGAUUGAAAAGUUAGAGUAGAAAAAACAAAAGGCGAGAGGAUUCAUUCGGCUGUGGAAGUCAAUUUUCAGGCUGCAUUGAGCCUGGUUCAUGUCUCACUCGCUGGCUCAUUUCAGUCAUGUACAGUGUGACAGCUAAAGAUGUCUUAGAUGGAGUAGAAAGACCAGAACAGCCGUCCCUUUAGCUAAGCUGGUGUUUAAGGUGGGGAUAGGAUAGAGUUACAGAGCAUAGACUCAAGUGUUUGAAAAUAAUUAAAACACUGUUUCCCACCCACAUAAUGAGCCACUUAGUUCCAUCUUUAGUGUUUUUCUGUUAGUUUAGAAAGAUGUAGACACAUUUUUAAAUGAAUUCUGACCACUUUUAAUCAUUUUGACCAGUGGAAUUGCCUCAAAGCACCCCAGGGUUUGCUUUUCUCAUUCCCUGUCAUGGGAAUUCAGUAUUAUUAAUAGUCACAAGAUGAUUUCAAAACUAAAUAGCCCUCUCACACCAGGAAGCAUGUGAGAGGAAAUAAGGUCACUAUAUAUAUCCUGAAUGCUGUGGAGGAUUAUCUGUUUAGUAGCUUGUUCCAGGAAAACCAUUUAAACCAUGGUUUCCUUGCUGUCUUUGUUGGUACCUGAAGUAGAGUAUUGAAAUUGCAUCUAUAGAGUGCUAGUCAUGAUACUGUGGAAAGGGGAUAUUAGCAUUUGGUAGGUAGUAAGGAUGAGUUCCAGGGAGCUUCCUCUGAUGAAGGGGAUGAGGAAACUCUUGUUAUGUACUCAAGAGAUGGGUGUUUUCUAGACUGCCUCUUAGAGAGCCCUGCUCUGUGUUCCUUUAGACUCUAAAGUUUAGAGUAUUUGUGCCAGGGCUCAGAACUGCAGAAUUUUGUGAGCUCAGCUGCUUUGUACCCUGUGGAUCCAUUGACAUGAAAAAUCAUUCUGGACUGUGUCUUGAGGGACACCAAAGUUCUCAAGAGCAUCUACAAACAUUUUUUUUUCUUUGCUUCCAGUUUGGGUCAACUGUAAAACAUCUAUGGACCUUAAAGAAUGAGUCAAUAAACCGGGCGGUGGUGGCGCACACCUUUAAUCCCAGCACUCGGGAGGCAGAGGCAGGUGGAUCUCUGAGUUCGAGGCC